CCCUACUCUCAGCUCCCCACCUCCCCCAGAGUGAGAACACGGGCCUCCUUCCCCCUCAGACCAGGAAUCCCAAAUCCCCCCAGCCCUCUAGCCCAUGAGACCCAGCCCCCUACUUUUCCCAGAGUGGGAGGCUGAGAUUCCCACUCCUGCCCCAUGUUCAGGCCUCCCUACCUCCCGCCCCCAAGGCCAGGAGCCCUGGCUCCUUUCCCCAGCCAUUGGCUGCUUAGGUUCAUAGGUUGUCCUGGCUCCUUCCCAGAAAUGAAAUCUGAGCCAGGACAAUGCAGGGUGCUGGGGGGCUGAUUUCCUGCCCCUCACAGCAGCAGGGGGUGCAGGAUGUUCCCCUGUGGCUGCGUUGCCACCAGCGUGGGGAAAUUAUUUGCCUCUGACCUAAAAUGAUUUCUGAGGUGUAUUAUGGGUCUGAGUUAAGAGCCCUUGUCAGGCCGGGUGCUACACAGACUACCGCCCCCCAACCAAGAGUGGGCCCACAUCCAUUGGGCUAGCCACUGCAGCCCUAUAAGGAGCAGGAUUUGAAUCAAUUGGAGACCCAUCCCCUUGGAUUGGGGGUUCAGAGCAGGCCCCCCAACCUAGCAGCAUUGGGGGUACUGGGCGAUAGAGCAGAGAGACUCUUAGGGGGCUAAGUGGGGUUUGAGAGAAAGGGGCUCAGUGGUGGGAGCUGAGAGCCAUGUCCCAGGGGGGCUGCUGUGUUGCUCCCCCCAUCACAAGGAUGUGGGGUGCUGAAAGGCAGUACAGCUGUCACCUAUGGGGCAUAGUGGAUCUCCCCACCGCUAGAUUAUGUCAAGAUCUGAGCAGGAACGAUGCCUACAGGUUUAUACUGGGGAGACUUGGUGGUGGUGGGGAGGGGGUCCACCGCACACACCCCCGAUUAAGGGAAGGAGUCAGUCCCGCCCUGACGUGGUCAGGAGAGGGGUGCCCGUCACCUCCUCUCCAGGUUUGCUCCAUGGCUGUUGAUUGCUGGGGCCCUUCCUUCAGGGCUGGCCACAGUUGGAAGCAGGAUGCCAGGCUAGAUGGGCCCAAGGGGCUGAUCCAAGGCAGGGGGGCCCAAAGGUCUGAUCUUGAGGGGGUGGAGCAGGAUACUGAUCUAGAUGGGUCUGAUCUCAGGCAGGAGGCAGACAAGAUACUGGCCAGAUGGGCCUAUGGAUCCGAUCUAGAGCAGGGGAGACGUGGGAUACUGACGUAGAUGGGCCGAUUGGGAAAGGUCCCCAAUUCUCCCCAAGCUGGGGGUGGGGAGAGACCUACCGGCAGCUUUCAGGAGUCUGGUAGGCGCCGAUGGGAGUUUCCCUCCUCCCACCCACAGCAGGUCUGCUGUGGGUGCUGGUUUCCUGGCGUCCCUGCAGGCCCCCCCCACCCCAGCCGCUCCCGUUUGCGGAAGUUCCUCUUUGCGCAGAGCAGAAAACCAGUGGGGGGAGCCUGGCUGGGGCGGGGGGGGGAGCGGACGCACCUGGGUGCAGGGUCCCCCUUUGUGGGAUCCGCACCAACCACAGAGACCCAAGCAGAGGAUGGACAGGGACGGGCGUGUCUGGGAGAGCCUGGGGGAUUUCGUCUCGGGUCCCCUUGUCACAUGGGUGCGGACGCUGGAGAAUCUGGUGCCCCUGGGGUGGGUGGAGGACGAGCCCCAAAGUCCCAGUGCCCCAGACAGACAGGCGAGGGCCCGGGAGUAUUUCCUGCACCUGGCAGAUGGAGCCUUCCUCACCCAAGUCAUGGGGCUGAUCAGAGACCCAACCCCGUGGCGUGCCCGGCCACCCCAGAGCCAGCAGGGCGACGAGAGGCUGCGACUCCAGACCCUGCACACCCUGCUGCAGCAGCUUCGCGCUUUCUACCAGGAUGAUUUGCAGCAGCUGAUUCUAAUGACUCCCCCUAAUGUGCAGCUUCUCGCCAGAGACCCCCUGACAGAGCAGGGCAUCAACGAGAUGCGGAAGCUGCUGCUGCUGCUGCUGGGGGCUGCUGUGCAGUGUGAGCGGAAGGCAGAGGUCAUUGAACGGAUCCAGGGGCUGGACAUCGAGACCCAGACUGCGCUGGCCGGUGCCAUCCAGGAGGUGACACAGGACCCGGGGGUGGUGCUGAGCCUGCAGUGGGGGGCACUGGCUGAACUGCACCCCCUGGAGCUGACACGGGUCCUGCAGGAGCUGUCGUCCCGGCUGCGGGGCCUGGUGCAGGAGCGGGAUGCGAGUGCGGAGAGGCUGUGGGAGCUGCAGCAGGAGCGGGAGGUGUCGUCCCCCCAUGGCCCGCUGUCCCCUGAGGGGCCCUGGGACAAUCGCCAGCACCUUGGGGUGCAACUGGCUGACGCUCGGGGCCAGGCCCGGCGCCUGCGCCAGGAACUGGAGGAGAAAUCUGAGGAGCUGCUGGAUCAGCGCCAGGAGCUGCAGGAGCUGGAGGCCGAGUUGAGGAGGCUGCGACAAGAGCACCGGGCGGUGGCGGGCGAGGCGCGCCUGGCGGGGCUGUACCGGGAUGAGCUGGAUGCCAUGCGGGAGAAGGCGGCCCGGGCUGAGCGCCUGCAGGGAGAGCUCUCGGCCCUGAGGGAGCGACUGCCCGCACUGGAGCGGUGCCGGGGCAGGCUGGAGGAGGAGAGGGCCUUCUCCCAGGCCCUGCUGGACAGCAAGGCCCAGUUGGAGGGGCAGCUGGAAUCCGCCCGCGCCCGGGCCCAGCACCUGCCCCAGCUCGAGAAGGAGAAUCUGCUGCUGCGGAGCCAAUUAGAGCAAGUUGAAGAGGAGCGGGAGCGGGAGCGUCAGCAGCUGGAGGAGCUACAGCAGGAGAAGGUGUUGCUGGAGGGGGAGCUGAGGCAAAAUUUGGGGGAGUCCCAGCACCUAUCCUGGGAAGAGGAGAAGGAGCCCAAUGAGGCUCCCAAUGACCCUGCUGAGACUCCCAAGUCCCUGAGCUAUGAGGUGACUGAGGUGACGUCCAGCCGCCUGCUAGCACUGGAGCGGGAGAACCAGGAGUUGCGCCGGAGGCUGCAGGAGGCACUAGAGGCCCCCGGAGAACCCAGGAGUCCAGGCCUUGAGCAGAAGAAUAAGGCCCUCAGCAAAGAGGUGCAGCGGCUGGGGGCAGAGCUGGAAGCCCAGCGGGCCCGGAGCUGCCAGGAGCGGGAGGAGCUGAGCGCCGCCCUGCUUGGGGAGAAGGAGCAGCUGGAGCAAGAGCUGCGCAGCUUGCAGGAGCAGCGGCACUGCGAGGAGUCUCUGCAGAGCCAGGGGGACCCAGGCACCUGGGCCCAGGAGCAGCAGGAGGCACUGACAGAGAGUGGGCGCCGGCUGUGCCAGGUGGAGGAGCGGGCGUCCAGCCUGCAGGAGGCAUUGCGCCGGCUGGAGGCCACUCACGCCAAGGCCCUGGAGGGGCUGACGGCCUCCCAGGAGGCCCGGGGGCGCCUGGAGCAGGAGCUGCUGAGACUGCGGCAGGAGCUGGAGCAGCAGCGCCUGGAGGCCCUGCUGCUGGGGCAGCUGGAGGCCGAGGCCCAGGCGCUGGAGAAGGAGCGAGAGGCGCUGCGAGCGGAGUUGAGCCAAGCCGAGCGGGAGCUGGCAGAGGCCCGGGGCAGUCUGGAGGCAGAGCGGCAGCGGACUGGGCGCCAGGCUGAACAGGCGCGGGAGGCCGCGGAGGAGUUACGGGCGUCUGAGCGCGAGCUGGGCACCCUGCAGCGCGGGCUGGAGCAACACAAGGCGGCCCUGACCCAGCUGGAGGGCGAGCGAGGGGCGCUGGAGGCGGUGUUGAGCCAGGCUGAGAGAGAGCGCCGGGCGCUGGACAAGGAGACCCGGCGUCUGCGGGCCCAGACCCAGGCCCAAGAGGAAGCACUGGCAGAACAGGGCCGCCGGGCCGCCCAGCUGGAGGCCCAGAGCCGGCUGCAGGCGCUGGAGUUGGGUGGGCUGAGAGAGACAGCACAGCGGCUGCGGGAGCUGGAGCAGGAGAGCAAGGGGCUGCGGGAGCAGUUGGCAGCCGAGCGCAAGGCCUCAGCCGCUCUGCGGGAGGAGCUGCUAAGCGAGAAGGUGAAGGGACAGGAGCGGGAGGCUGACCUGGUGCGGCUGCGGGAGCAGCUGGAGCGGCGGGAGGAGGAGCAGCGCCUCCUGGAGGAGCAGCAGGGCACCCAGCAGAGCCAAUACCAGAGCCUGGAACAGCGGCUGGAGUUGUCCUUCAGAGAGAUGCUGGCUCUGAAGGAGGAGAAGAUCGGCGCCCUCCGCAGCCAGGUGGAGGAACUGCUGGUCCUCAAUCAGCACCUGGGGAAAGAGCUGCGCCAGGUGAAGAGCAGCCCUGGGGCCCCCCUACCCGAAGUGCCAGGGGCUGUGGAGCAGGGCCAGGGGAACCCCGAGCCGGCGCUGGGGCUUCAGGCUGAGCCGGAGAGCGACACCCUGAGCAAGCAUCUCAUCGAGGUGGAGCGCAGCAACGCGGCACUGCUGGCGGAGAAAGAGGCUCUGUUGGGGCGGCUGGGGCAGCUGGAGUCGCAGCUGAGCGCCCUGCAGGGGGAGCUGCUGAGCCUGCAGGGGCAGAGCGGAGGCCUGCGGGAGGAGAGUGGGCGACUGCAGGCCCAGUGUGGGGCUCUCCAGGUGGAGCAGGCGGCGUUGCUUUCCCAGAAGGCAGCACUGGAGGCCCGGGCGUCGGAGCUGCAGGAGCGACUGGCAGGGCUGGAGGCUGAGGUGCGGGUGGCCCGACAGGAGCGGGAUGAGUGGCGCGGGCGCCACGAAGGGCUGGUGCGCAAUCAUGACAAGCUGGCACUGCUGCACGAGCGCCAGGGUGCUGAGCUGGAGGGGCUGCUGGGCAAGCAGGCCGGCCUCAAGGGGGCACUGCGGGCACUGGAGCAGGAGCACCGAGAGCUCCAGGACAGGCACAGCCAUCUGGUGGCACAGCAGGCCGGGCUGGAGCAGCGGGAGGCAGCCCUGCGGGGGGAGCGGGAGCGGCUGGAGGGGGCUGAGCGGGAACACCGGCAGCUGGGGGAGCAGCACGCCCGGCUGCAGGACGAGCAUGCACGGGUGCAGGUGGCCCUGGCUGCGGCUGAGAGAGCGCAGGAGGAGCAGCAAGGGGAGCUGCGGGGCCUGCGAGGCCGGCUGACGGGACUGCAGCUGGAGCAGGCACGGCUGGAGGCUGAGGGCACCGCCCUGCGGGAGCAGAACCACCAGCUGGAGGUGGCGCUGGGCCGGAUCGGAGACCAGUGUGAGCUCCUGGCCCAGCUGAAGGGGAACCAGGAGGAGGAGAACCGACACCUGCUGCAGGAGAUCCAGAAACUGAGCCAGGAGAACCGCAGCCUGCUGGAGCGCAGCAUGGAGAGCCGGGAGCAGUACCAUUCGGAGCAGCGCCAGCACCUGGAUAAGCUGAAUGAGCUGCGCCGGGAGAAACAGAAGCUGGUGGAGAAGAUAAUGGACCAGUACCGAGUGCUGGAGCCAGCGCUGCCUAAGAGCAAGAAGAGCAGCAACUGGAUCGCGGACAAGAUGAAGAAGCUGAUGAAGCCGCGGCGUGAGCCCUCCCGGGAACAGCAGCGCCCCCUGGCGCAGGGGGCCAAUAGCAUUGAGAACCUGCCAGGACUUGGGCAGGAUGGGCGCGCACCUGAUGGGGACUCCAGUGCCCCUGCCUCGCCUGUGCCCCUGCGCAAGGCCAGCAGCGUGCUGAGUCUGCCCGACGCCCAGCGGGUGCACCUGCGGCUAAACCGGCGCAAGCUGAGUUCCCGCGUCCUGGUCAGCGAGUCCUUCGGGCCUGGGGACGCCACCCCCCGGCAGCGCUUCCGCCAGCGCCAGCGCCCCCUUGCCUUCCUGGGGGGCUCCCGCGAGGAGGCCGCUGCCCCCUGGGAGGCCCAGGAGGGGCAGAGACUCCCCAGUGCUGGCAGCGAGGAGGGAGGGCUACCGCAAGGGAAGGAGAAGGCACCGCUCACGCCCCAGCUCAGUCAGUGAGCCCAGCUCAGCCCCGCGCGGAUGGCAGCAACGCAGGGAACCGAACCAGGAAGGGGUCCUGCUACAGCCCCAGCUCCCAGGAUCCUCCAGCCACAUGCCAGGGGCCCAGAGAAUUGGCUCUGCCCCCCCCAUCUCAGCCCCGGAUCCCUCCCACCCCCCGGGACGAGUCCUGCCCUGACACUGGGGCGGGGCUCAGGAUUUGUAUUGUAUUUCUAUAAUUUAUUAGAAAUAAAAUGUAUUAUUUAUCA